GCAUCAUUUGGAUUCCAAUGCAAGUAGUUUACAAACAAGUAAUUACAGAGAGAGAAAAACAAUCAAACUCAUGAAAAGGCCUCCUCACCUGCUUCACGACUUGGUCCCCCUCUAUUUGAUUUCCCCCUUUCUAUCUCCUCUUAUCCUCUCAUGGAAUCAUCUCGUAGGAAACCAGCACUUUUCGAGAUGAAGCACAACGCCCGUAGGAAUAACAAUCUCUCCAUUUUUGUGGUGGUCUUUACUGUCUUCCUCUUUGCUGGUUUCAUGUACAAUGAAGACGUUAAGUCUGUUGCAGAGUUCCCAUUCUCUCCCCAAAAAUAUGGGGAAGACACAGAGGAAGUUGCAGUCUCAAACCCAAAGACCAAAUUCUCAAUCCCUGAAGACCCAAUUGAAAAUCCAAGCUUUCGAAACCAAAUCUCAAAUCCAAACACUGAAAACCCAAUCUCAGAGACAGUUUCGAUACACCGAAUCUCGAAACCAGAAUACGAAGACUCAAUUCCAAAACCAAUAUUGAAAGAGCCAGUCACAGAACCAGUGUAUGAAGACCCAACUCCAAAACCAAUUUUGAAAGAGCAAGUCAUAGAACCAGUUUAUGAAGACCCAAUCUCAAAACCAGGCUCCAAAGUCCAAUUCUCGGAUCAAAAGACCGAAAACCCAACUGAGAAACCGAUUUCUAAAGACCCAAUCCGGAGUCCGGGUGCGGAAAACUCAAUCUCAAAGCGAAGCUCUGAAAACCCAGGUCAAGUUUCAGGAGAGAAAUCGAAUCACAAAAGGAAGCCUAAAGAGUCCACAAUUGUGCUACCACAAGCCGAGAAACCCAUUUCCAGUCCAGCAGUUACAAGCAAGGAAGAUGAAUUCUCGGAUUUUUUAGAGAAAGAGAAGGUGCCAAAAGAGUGUGAUAUAUUUUCAGGGAAUUGGGUUUUUGAUAACGUUAGUCACCCUCUCUAUACUGAGGACCAGUGCGAGUUUCUCACAGCACAGGUGACAUGCCAGAGGAAUGGAAGAGAAGACAGUUUAUUUCAGAAUUGGAAGUGGCAGCCUCAUGCCUGUAAUUUGCCCAAGUUUAAUGCAAGGUUGAUGCUGGAGAGAUUGAGAGGGAAGAGGCUGAUGUUUGUGGGAGACUCAUUGAACAGGAACCAGUGGGAAUCCAUGGUUUGUUUAGUGCAAUCUGUCAUUCCACCGGGAAAGAAGAGCUUGAACAAAGGAGGCUCUCUCUCCGUCUUUAAAGCAGAGGAGUAUGAUGCGACGAUCGAGUUUUAUUGGGCUCCAUUCUUGGUUGAAUCGAACUCGGACGACCCAAGGACGCAUAGCGUAUUGGACAGGAUCAUCAUGCCCGAGUCCAUAUCUAAGCACGCCGUCAACUGGAAAAAUGUGGACGUCCUGAUCUUCAAUACUUACAUUUGGUGGAUGAACACCUUCAAAAUGAAAGUCUUGAGAGGAUCAUUCGACAAAGGUGACAAGGAAUACGAGGAGAUUGAGCGGCCGAUCGCAUAUGGUAGGGUGCUGAGGACGUUGUCCAAGUGGGUCAACAAAAACAUCGACCCUCAUAGAACCAGGGUCUUCUUCAUGUCCAUGUCCCCAUUACAUAUCAAGAGCAUGGAUUGGAACAAUCCUGAUGGCAUAAAGUGCGCGAAAGAGACGAUGCCGAUUCUCGACAUGCCUACUGUACAAGUCGGAACGGACUACAGAGUCUUUGCAGUGGCCUCGAACAUAACAUCAUCCAUGAAGAAGGUGCCAGUCUCAUUCAUUAACGUAACAGCACUAUCAGAGCUUAGAAAGGAUGCGCACACCUCUGUGUACACCAUACGCCAGGGUAAGAUGCUCACCCGUGAACAGAAGGCCGAUCCCGCAACCUAUGCAGAUUGCAUCCACUGGUGUCUGCCUGGACUCCCCGAUACAUGGAACGAGUUCUUGUACACCCAACUCAUUUUUCGUUGAUCAUUCGCACUCGCUCGAUAAUUUUUUGUCACCUUUCUGAAAUAUAAAAAAAAAAAAUCAAAAUUUUUUUUUUUAAUUUUGAUUAUGUGAAGAGUGAAAUGAAGCUCAAGCAUUGUACAAGAUGGUACAACCUUAUUUUUCCAUGAAUGUAUCUCUAACUCCUUUUGAUUUUUUCCAUGUUUGAGUCUGGCUAGGCA